CAUCAAUUUAAAUCUGAUAUCAAUGAACUUAAUCUUCCAAAGACUUGCAAAAUGGAAUUCCCUGAACCAGAUGACCUGUUGAAUUUCAAGCUUAUCAUAUCUCCUGAUGAAGGAUUUUACAGAGGUGGAUGUUUUACUUUCAGCUUUAGAGUCAGUCCGAAUUACCCUCAUGAGCCUCCAAAAGUCAAAUGUGAAACAAUGGUAUAUCAUCCUAACAUUGAUUUAGAAGGCAAUGUAUGUCUAAAUAUUUUAAGGGAAGACUGGAAACCUGUAUUAACCAUCAAUUCUAUUGUGUAUGGUUUGCAGUAUUUAUUUUUGGAACCUAAUCCAGAAGAUCCUCUGAAUAAAGAUGCAGCUGAAGUUCUUCAGAACAAUCGAAGAGUUUUUGAACAAAAUGUCCGAAAAGCAAUGUCUGGAGGUUAUAUUGGCACCACUUACUUUGAACGUUGUUUAAAGUAGUGUAAAAUAUGAAAGGACAUUUCUUAAAAUUGCUUCCAUAUGCCAACACAUUUGUUUGGGUUAAAUUACAUUCAUGUACAUGCAUAAAUACUGAUAUUGAUACUCAUAUUUCAAUUUUAUCUUUUAACUGUUCCCUGCCCCCGUGACUUUUAUUGAAAAAGUUUAAAUAUGUGUUUGUAUGUCAGUCUGCAGUACUUUAUUAUAAUUAUUUAUUAAAGAGAUGUUUUUCAGUAUUUAAUUCUUAUAAACUGAAAAUUAAAUGUUUUGUAUAAGUGAGUUUUGUCGUUUAGCAUGAGAAAGGUGUUGUCUGCAAUAAAUGAAUGACAUUUAUACUGACUGAAUUUCCUGUUUAAAAAUCCAGCUUCUGUUUGAUUUGAUUUGAAACUGACACUGGGAGAAAAAGUGUAGAAAACAUGGAAUUUCCACUAUUGCUCAUUGUAUUGAAUUUUUUCUUUUCCUGUGUUAGUUUAUUGAAAACAUUUCAGUUAAGUCCAUUCUUUUUUUUUUUUUAAUAUCUUCAGGAAAAUUGUUAAGAUUAGAUUAGACUAGAUAUGCUGUUACUUCUAAAAUGAGCUCUUUGAGGACAUAAAAAAUGUUAUUUUUAUCUUGCCCAUCCCCAUCUUGUGCAUUUCAUUAAUUUUCAAAUGUGUUAUGCCCAGAUCAGUGGCAUUCAAGUUCAUGUUAAAAAUUAUUUGCAAAAAUUACAGUAGGCAAAGAAAUCUGAAGUUAAUGGCUCCUUUUAGAGCAAUUAAAAGUAGAGAUUUAUUUGCUAUGUUUUCAGAACUGCUUGUGUACAAAUACUAAAUCUAUGACACUCAAUAUAUUUCAGAUAGGCAGCUAAAAUGCAUUGCUAUAUGUUUUCUUCAGUUAUGAUGACCCAUAAUAUAAUGAAAUACUAAUGUACUUUAAAUACUCUGAUGUGCAAAAUUAAACUAAUGUAAAUUUUCUCGUAAUAGGUCAGUGGUCUAGUCAGUGGUCUGCCUUAAAAAAUGUUGUGAGCUUCUUUGGCCAUAUAAUGAUUAUUAAUAUUUAUUUAAUUUUUGCUUGGCUUUAUAGAACUUUUGUUAUUUUUUAAUGUGUAGGAGCAUGUAGUUGAUUUUUUGUUAAAUCCUUUAAAGGGAAAAGUUAAAACAUGCAUUAAAAAUCUGAUUUUAAACCUUUUAACAUUACACUUGAAUAACCUAAUUAAGUUCCAUCUGACAUUUUUUAUAUUAAAAUCUUGUUGUAAUGAUUGCCCAUAUCUGCGAAUGAAUAGUGUAAUCUUAUCUGAGUUCUGACAAUGCAACUAUCUUCAAAUGAAAGUCAUGCCAUGCGAACUAAUACAUAACUAAAAUUUGUUAAGCACUGCUGACUGAAAAUUCCGUAUAUUUUUAUAAAAUCAGAAGUUACAAUAUAAAUGAAUGGGAAGUAUUUCUUCAUGAAGUUUAGGUAGUCCAUGCCCUUGUAUACUUUUCUCACCAUAUAUACUAAUUAAAUUUAUCCAUUACAAAAUCAAAAAGUCAACACCCUUCUUUUGUUAAAAGUAAAACAUGUAAACAGGUUAUUUUAUGAUGUUUUAUUGUUCUAAGAUUGUUUUUGAGAAUUGAAAAUCGUAACUCAUCUUCAGCAUUUUUAUUUAUUGGACAUGGUGCCUAUAAUAAAUCUGUUUAACAAGCUUCAA